UGUCUUCUUUUUGUAAGAAAAUUAUACAGAAAAGUCGUGUGUUGCGCAAAAUAAAAAAUCUAUAGAAAUUUUAUUAAAAAUUUAGUGAAAAUUCGUGUAAAAUCGAAAAGCAACCACAAAACUUAAUUUGUUUUAAUAAUUUAUUAAGAAAAACUAAAGUGUUUUUGUACGUAACGCGUUGGAAAACGAAAUUGUAACAUAAAAAUGGAUACCGUAAAGAUUGAAGAUUUGGUAGACUCCGAUCCCGAUAUCGAGUUUAUCGAAAAAGAUAGCGGCAUGUCUUCACUAGGCGGUAGCAAGGAUGAAACACCUGAAAGAAAGACCACCACAACUGUAGCCACUACCAAUGACAAAGAUAAUAAAAAUGAAGAAAAUUACGAUGAUGAACCCGAUGAGACCUUGGUUGAACGUCUUAUUGGUUUAACAGAAAUGUUCCCACAACCAGUACGUGAUUUUACCAGUUUAUUGGUAGAUGGAACCAUAAGCAGUGUUAAGGGUCUCUAUAAAUUCACUUGCAAUGCAUCAUGGAUUUUCUUUACCAGUUCGGUGAUUCUAUUUGCACCCGUUGUCUUCGAAACAGAACGUGCCCAAAUGGAGGAAAUGCAAAAAACACAACAGAAACAGGUAUUAUUAGGACCUGGUUCUGCAAUGUCAGCUGUUGGUGCUCCACCAGAAUUGCCAUUAAUACGAUAAGCUUAUUCUGUAAACAAAAACAUUACAAAAAAAAACUCUAUAUUAUAGAAACAAAAAUAAAACAAAGAAAUUUAUUAAUUAAUAAAAA